AUGCUAGGCGAAAUAAGUGGUGGAGAGUGCAAGUGUCUAAAAGAAGUGGCAAUCUGCGCUAUAACAGGGCGCGAAACAGAAAUAAGCUAUGCAUCCCUGCAGAACAUAGGAUCUGGAACCUUUGGGGUGGUCACCCGGAUCUCUGUCAAUGGGUCGUCCGAGUAUGCGCUGAAGAGGGUAUUUGAGAAAAGCGCGUACAUGAACAGAGAAUUGGAGAUGCUGCAGACGGUUUCGCACAGAUGCAUUGUCCGGGCGUUCUGGUACUUCUACGAGAAACAGUGCAAGGACGGCGUGUUUUUAAAUAUUAUUAUGGAAUAUGUGAAAAGCGACCUGUUUUUUCACAUUGUAAAAAAAACACAUUUUCCCAGAAGCAGUUUCAUAGACUACGCUGUUAUGCUGCUGGAGGGGCUUGAAUAUCUGCACUCGCUGGGAAUAGCGCACAGAGACAUCAAGCCCUCAAAUGUGCUGAUAGACGUUGACGCAAAAAUUCUGAAGCUUUGCGACCUUGGGAGCGCCAAGAAGAUAGCUGGCGCAGAAAACAACGUGCUGUAUAUAUGCUCCAGAUACUAUAGAGCGCCGGAAAUACACGAGGGAGCGCCGUAUGGGCUGGGGAUAGACAUUUGGGCUGCCGGGUGUGUGCUAUUUGAGAUGAUAACGCACACCACGCUUUUUCCUGGGCAGACAGCAUCCGCAUGCUUGGAGAGGAUCCACGAGGUGCUAAACAAGUCUUCGCUGGAGGCCAUGGCUGCAACUGCUAGAAGAGAGGAGCUGGCGGACUGCGUAAAAAUUCUGAAAGAAAUGCUUGCGUUCGAUCCAGAAAAAAGAGCAAGCGCCAAAAGCGCGCUGAGAUCCUUUAAGAUUCUGCAGAGUGCUGAAAGCCAUGCAAAUCCUAAGUAA